UAGUGCCCUCCUUACUGGUGACUACGACAUGCCAAGAGACCGUGUUUCCUUAAACUCAGAAUCUCUGGAGGAAGGAGCUAAUGGCAUCACACUGCAUGAAAUACAACUACAGAACAUAGAAGCUAAUAGUGAAGCCACAGUCACUCUGCGUAGGAGUACACUCACAUUACUCAGCUUGGCUACUGCUGUCACAGUACUUGCUCUCCUGGGUGGCCUUAUUGUAACUGCAUAUAAAUUAACUGAAAUGAGUAAUCUUCUUAAUCCAGGUUUGACAAAAGCUCACAAGGAGUUUCCCAGUCUGUCGAGAAAAGAAGGCAUUGUUCCAGAGGAAGUGUGGAGAUGGAUUGUGGCAGUUAAAGCUGAUAUGACUUUUAAUGGUCAAUCAGCUAACUCACUCCUCAGAGUGAGCAGCACUGGCAGAAGUCUCUAUCAAGCCUCCCCGAGCAGUCCCCCCCGGCUCCCGACAGCUGAGACCUAUCUGACGUGUAUCUGUGUCUCAUCAAAGGUCGCGCUGAACACAAGGUCCUAUUUUGAAGUUGAAGUGACACAGAUCAUCUCAUGGACUUUGGGGUUACGUACGCAAUCCUUUGAUGCAGAUAACAACUAUGAUUCAGAUCCUGCUGGUGGCAUCUGGACAAUUGGUUCAGCAGAUGGUAAAAUAGUAAUUAACGAUGGUGAGGCCAUCCCAACACCUUAUGCCACUCCCAGUAGACUGGGACUGUACCUGGACUACAAACGCGGUCAGCUAUCCUUCUACGAUGCAGCCACUAGACUUCAUCUACAUACCUAUCUGGCAACCUUCAGAGAAAAGCUUCUUUUUUAUGCAGCUGUUCAGGUUGGAAUUGAACAAAUUCAACAUGCAUUAAUGUCUUUUUAAUUGUAUUUAUCUGAUGAAUACCACUGACAAUGUUUUUCCUUAAUAAAUUAAAGCUAUUUUAA